AUGCAUUGUUCUGGUGCUUUAUUAACAGCUUUUGCUUUAUUAUUUUCAUUUCUUGGACAUUUUGGGCAUAAUUGGAAAACUAUAUUUUCAGCAAUUUUAUAUAUUUGUGGAGGUCUAAUCGUUCUAAUUGGAGUUUUACAAGUUAUUUGUAUUGUGGAUGAUGAAAUGGCACCUAGAAUGAAGCCUAACGCUGCUGGAGAACCUUCUGUCUUUACUUUUAGAUAUGGCUAGUCUUUUAAGAAUUUUUUUGAA